UUUAGUGAAACAAGAAAUCAGUAACACUACGUUUGGAGAUCUGCAAUCUGAUCUCUUCUUCAGGUGGUUCUUGAAGCCAUAGAUAAAACGAAGAUGGUUCGACCAAGAUGUUUUUUCGAUGUGGAAGUUGGAGGAUUGAACAUAGGCAGAGUUGUGUUUGAGCUAUAUUCGGAUAUUUGUCCGAUUACAGUGGAAAAUUUCCGAGCCCUUUGUACUGGUGAAAAGGGUAUUGGAAAGACAUCAGGAAAACCACUACAUUAUAAAGGAAUAAUUUUUCACCGAGUUGUCAAAAAUUUUAUGAUUCAAGGGGGGGAUUUUUGUGUUGGCAAUGGUACUGGAGGGGAAUCUAUCUAUGGAGGUACUUUCGAGGAUGAAAACUUUGAUAUUAAACAUGACCGCCCUAUGCUUUUAUCAAUGGCUAACAGAGGAAAAAACACGAAUGGAUCUCAGUUUUUCAUAACUACACAGCCAGCGCCACAUCUUGACGGGGUGCACGUGGUGUUUGGACACGUCGUGAUGGGAGAUGCUGUGAUAUCCCAUAUAGAACAGCUGCCAGUGGAUCGCAUGUCUCGCCCCCUGCAGGACGCCAAGGUCUCAAACUGUGGUCAGCUUGUCCUCAAGUCCAAAUUCAAAGCUAAGAAAGCUAAGAAAGUGUCAUCAGAAGAAUCGUCUUCUGAAGAGUCAGAUGAAAGUGAAGAGGAAGUUCGUAAAAGAAAGAAAUCAAAAUACAAGAAAGAAAAAAAACGAGAUAAAAAGAAGAAGGAAAAAACUAAGAAACCUGAAUCUGUUGAAGAAAAUGAGGUAGAAGAAGAGGAAGAAGAGGAGGUGUCGGAUAAAGAAACUAAUGCUCAAGUAGCAACGUCAAACAUUAAUCUUGAGGAGAUACCUGAGGUUCCUCCACACAGAUUUUUAUUCAGAGAGGGUGGAUAUGACAGUAAUCCUGAUAAAGAAAAGUUAAGAGAAGAAAGGAGGAAAAAAAAACAAAAAAUUCGUGGAAUUACAAAGAGUGGACGAGUUAUCAAAGGAAGGGGAGUUUUUCGUUACCGCACCCCUUCCAGGAGUCGAUCUCGUAGUUUGACUCCUCCUCAUUGGAAACAGGCUCAAAAACAUACAAUUAAACUGGGAGAUUAUGAGAAGAAGGAAUUAGAAAAAAGGCACAAAGAAGAAGAAAUAAAAAGAAGAGAGGAAAAUCGCAAGAAAAGACAUCAUGAAAAGAAUAAAGCUUUGUUGGCUUAUGGAAGUGAAAGCCACACACCUGACCACAGCCCACCCCACAGACGGAGUGCGCCCACCAUUGAUUCUGACACUGAGGAGGGAGAAUUGCACGAUGAUAGUCAGCACAACGGUAACACAUCCUCUCCGCAACCUCCAAUCGACUACAAUGCUCUGGACUAUGAGGGUGGAGGAUUUGAGUCUUCACCCAAGGUAAAGUCCAAGAUCGAAUCCAACAUAAUGUUCCAAUCUUCAGGAGAAAAUAAAAUCAGGAAAGAAAGUUCUAACAUCAAAGAGAAUUGUCAAAUUAAUCAAGAAAGUGAUGGAGACUGUUCUCCAAAAUCUGCUUCCAUAAAACAGAGUAGUGUUGUAUUAAAACCUGCAAAUGAUAUUGAACCUUCUCCUCUCACGAUGGAAGAUGAUGAUAACAACAAAGAAAAUCAAGUAGAUGAGGAAAGUGAUCUGUCUUUAGGUAACAAAUCAAAAGAAAACGAUACUCAUGACUUGCCUAACCAAAAAGCCAAUACUAUUGAAAGUAAAACAAUUAAAGAAUUAAAAGAGAAAAAAAUUGAUGAAAUUAAAGAGAAAAUCAGAAUCCUAGAUUCUAUUAAAACUGAACGAGAAAAAGAGAAGCAGAAAGAAAAAGAAAAACAGGCUUAUAAGGAAAAACAAAUUAAUAAGGAGAGUGAUAUAAAAUCCACAGAUAGGUACAGAGAAAGAAGGAGGUCACGUUCCCGGCAAAGAAAAGACAGCAGAAGUUCUAGAUCAUCUAGGAGAAGGUCCUCAGACUCCAGAAGGAAACAGGACAGAUCUAGAUCCAGGAGGAGUUCUAGGUCACGAAGAAGAGACAGUUCCAGAUCAAGAAGGCAUAGAUCUUCACCAAGAAGAGAUCGCAGGAGGGACAGGUCAAGGUCUCAUAAACGAUCUAGGUCAAGGGACAGAUAUCGACGAUCUAGAGAUCGAGAUCACCGCAGGGCAUCUCAUUCGUCUCGAUCUAAAGGUGACCAAAAGAAGAAAUUAAUUUCCGAUGGGUCAUCAAGAGAGAGAUCUCAAACUCAAGAGAAGAAAAAAGCAAAAUCCCCCUCCUCGAUUCGUUCUCAAAAAGAUAAAAAUGGUAACACUAGAGAUUUGAUAAAAAAAUCAAAAUCUCCUCCCAAAAAAAAAGAUAAGGAUGAUUUACCGUCGAACGAAAAAAGUCGUGGAGAAGAGGCAAAGCGUAAACUGACUGAGAAAAUGGAAGAACUACGCAGAAUGCGUGAAGCGAAAAAAAAAGAAGACAGACAAAGUUCAUCAUCUAGCUCCUCAGAUUCGAGUUCAUUCAGUCAUGGAAAGCGUAGAAACAACUGAACAGUUUUAAUAAAAGUGUGUGUUUGUUAAAUAUGUAAAUGUAUAAAACGUAGUAUAAGCCUGGAGUUAAAUUUUUGCAUUUAUAGAAUUGGAGUCACAUGUUGGCAUUAAAGUUUUACACUCUA